CACCUUCAGCACAAAGAGCAAAUAUUUGAAACUAAAAAAGGAGGGUCCGGGCCUCGGGGACCUGUCUUUCGACCAAGCGGAUGAAUGGCGGCUGCGGAUGACCUGAAAUUUCAAGAAUUUGACGAUGCAGCUAAUUUGCUUGCAGCAAAUCCUGAUGCUACCACAAUAAGCAUCGAUGAGCCAGUCGAAAUCCCCAAGAAUCAGCACAGCCGCCUGCAGGAGCCAGGGAGAGAGGAGGAUGAUGAACUACUGGGGACAGAUGACUCCGAUAAAACAGAGUUGCUCGCAGGACAGAAGAGAAGUGCCCCUUUCUGGACAUUCGACUACUACCAGACAUUCUUUGAUGUGGACACCUACCAGGUCCUGGACAGAAUCAAAGGCUCAGUAUUCCCAGUGCCGGGGAAGAACUUUGUAAGGCUGUACAUCCGCAGCAAUCCUGACCUUUAUGGUCCUUUUUGGAUAUGUGCCACGCUUGUCUUUACCAUUGCUGUUAGUGGCAAUCUCUCCAAUUUCUUCAUCCACCUCGGCAAACCAACGUACCACUACGUGCCCGAGUUCAGAAAAGUGUCCAUAGCAGCCACAACGAUUUAUGCCUAUGCUUGGCUUGUCCCCCUUGCUCUCUGGGGAUUCCUGAUGUGGAGGAACAGCAAAGUUAUGAACAUUGUCUCCUACUCGUUCCUGGAGAUCGUGUGUGUGUAUGGCUACUCCCUCUUUAUCUACGUCCCCACAGCGAUUUUGUGGAUCAUUCCACAAGAAGUGGUGCGCUGGGUGCUGAUGAUCUUCUCCCUCUGCCUCUCGGGCUCUGUUUUGGUGAUGACCUUUUGGCCUGCUGUCCGAGAUGACAACCGGAGGGUUGCGCUGGUCACUGUGGGGACCAUUGUUCUGCUGCAUACCCUGCUGUCUGUGGGCUGCUUGGCAUACUUUUUUGAUGCUCCUGAAGUGGAUGUCCCUGCACCUAUUAUCCCUGCUCAAAAUGGAACAGUAAUAACAAAGAGUCAGUAAAUAAGAUCACAGUGCCAUCUGCACAGAUCUCUCCGUCUGUACAGUAAUGCUAUUUUGGAUUAUUUUUUCACUGAAUGCCAUGAAAAGCGCAAGAACAGGAGAUGUUUUUGGUUAUUUUUUUUUUCUUGUGGAAGAAAGGACAGCGAUGUCCCAUGGGCAUACAGACAUCUCCAUGCUCCCUGGAGACUGACUGGUUCUGUAAGGAGAGCAAACAUUUGAUCUUAAUCCCUACACAGCAGUUAUUUAAGUUUUACCAUGCUCAACACACUA